UCGAAAAGAAGGUUACUGUAACAAUGAGACGGGAACCGGACUGUCGAUAAAGUGUGUUUGUAUGUCGUUUUCGUCGAUAAUAAGUGUUGUGUUUACUUUCACCCGUGCGAAUGUCUCGAUCCUUACUUUUUGUUUGUUUUUUUCUUUUGAUCAUUGCCGCAUGGGUCGGCGCUUACGUUUCAGUUAAUCCUUUAUUUUGAAACGAUGGAACGUUGUUCUUAUGGUUUUUACACCAAAAGAUCUGAAAUAUUAGACAAUAUACAGAAAAACAAGGAACAAGAUAAGGAUCAACCUCAAAGUCCUGGAUUUCAACAACCCCAACAGCAACCCUUGGCUAAACAAACUGAAAAGCAGUUGCAUGGUUCAGACGUGCAGAACACCAGUCUAUCCGUGACACAGCAUGUUUCAAAUCAACUUUUGUCUCCACCACAUGGUUUGGCUUCGCCUGUGCAGUCAAAGGAAGACAACAAAGAUAAGACACUAAAAGUUACCAACUCAACUACAAUCACUUUGAUAGAAAACGGAGAAAAGGAUAAGGACAAUAACUAUUCCAAAAAUUAUUUUACACUAGAAUCAAAGAAUGAGAAAAAGGAUGAUUGUAAUAAGAAUAGCAUCACAAUAACCCGGACUGUCCCAAAACAGUCGCCGGGAAACCCCCCUGUUGACAAAAGUAAAGCUCCAGCAAAGUCUACAAAGCGGCCAUUGCAGUACUUGGAAACACUCGCUGAGAAGGCAGGGAUAACCUUUGAAGACAAGUACGAAGCAGCAAAUACUUUGUUGGCACUAGACAAACAAAACACAACUUUCCGUAGACCGGAGCUAAAACAACCUAAAGCCGAACCUGACACACAUCCCCAGAGUGAAGAGUAUAGAUACAGAAAUCAAAAAGAUGAAGAUGACAAAUUACAGAUACAGCAGCAGAUAAUACAACAACAACAACAGCAAUUACAGCAACAACAACAGCAGCAGUUACAACAAUUGCAACAGCAGCAAUUGCAACAACUGCAACAGCAAGCUUUACAGCGCCAAGCAAUUCAACAACAUUUAAAGAAUCAACAAGACCAGCAGGAAUUGUUACAGAAGCAAUUCCAGCAGCAACAGCAACAACAGCAUCAACAGCAACAGCAGCAGCAACAACAACAGCAGCAACAGCAGCAUCAACAACAGCAGCAGCAGCAACAACAACAACAGCAACAACAACAGCAACAACAACAGCAACAACAACAGCAACAACAACAGCAGCAGCAACAGCAACAAUCUCAGCAGCAAAAGUCUGAUAUACAGCAGUUGCCACAACACCAAGAUCUACAACAACAAAAGUUUUUACAGGUUGUCAGCAACAACCAACCUGUGCACACACAACAAUUUAAUGUACCCGGAAUAGGAGAAAUAAAUCUAAGUUUUCUGGCAUCACCGCAAAACAACGUGAACCUUCUUUUUGACAAGAAUCAGAAGCCCGGCAUGAGUGGAGACCUCAAACAGCAGCAAAUAGUUGACGGUCAAGGGCAAGUGGUACAGCAGCAGAUGAGUAUGGCGCAGCACGAGGCGUCGCAGCAGCAUCACCAGACAGUUACCGUCGUCACCUCCAUGCCGAGCAGCAUGGCGCAGCAUCAAGUACAGCAGCAACAAGCGACGGGCAGCAUUCAGCAGCAAACAACAAUGCCGCCGCUACAGAGCUUACCCCCAAACACACAGCACCCCCAGCAAAUAAGCGCGGAGUGGGGCCACAGUCGAGUGCAGGUGAUCCAGCAGCCGCUACAGAACAACACUUACCUCCAGCAGCUCUACAACGCUCAGGGCCCGCUGCUAAUGCCAGGCAACAUCGCCCUGCAUCCGGGCAUAAACUCGCAACAAAUACAGGUGAUAGCGGCUGGCAAGCCCUUCCAAGGAAGUCAACUGGGACCACACAUGCUGACGCAGGGCAAGCAAGUGCUUCAGGGGCAAACUGGUCCGUUCCCCGGAUAUACGACUAUACCGACGAUACCCACGACUCAGAACCAGACCUUCGUGUUCAGUCCACUGGGUGUGAUCAGUUCCCAGCCUAGCUUGCUGCCAGCUCAUUCGCAGUCCACCGUGUCGGGUAUAGGACAGCAGCAGAAGACCAAUGAGUUGCACAAGGUGAUGAGCGGUGGUAAAGUGACCGGUGCGAAGGUUGGCGGUGGAGCCCAAGCGUUACCCGUCCAAGCCCAAUGCGUCCAAGUCUCCCAACCGGUGCUGGGCCAGCAGCCGCAAGCGCAGAUCAUCAGCCCACUGCAGACUGGUGGUCAGACGAUGCAGUUUGCGCCCUGGCAGAUAUCGGGGGCCCUGCCUCAAGUGUGGACCGGCGGCCUGCAGGCGGGGGCUCUACCGGCUGGGGGCCUGCUUGCCCCCAACCCGAUAUUCAUCCGGGGCACUCAGCCGGAUGCCCCGCCAUCGAUGUUCAUACAACACUCGCCACAGAAUAACGUACAGCAGCACAACAAUGCAAGCGUUGCGUGCUCGACGGGAACGAACGCGAAGCCUCGGGCGUCGACCGACGGGAUGACGAAGACGCCAAGACCGCUAUCGAAUAUACUCCCCUCUGGUGGCAUAAGACCAGCAUCGUCUGUGUCCACCCAGACGAAUGCCAAUCAAGCACAAAAUCAGGCAAAGCAGCGUGGCAAACCUGGUGUUAGAUCGCCGGCUCCAACCUCAAAACAAGAUGCCGCCAAUCAGACCAACAAGAUGCAACAUCAAAUACCACAUCCUAAGUCGCUUCUGCUGAUGAACGCGAGCGGUCAAAUGACACAGAUCAGCAACGUGCAGGACAAGCAGCUCGCGAGCAAGAAUAUGCAGCAGCAGAUGUUGCAGCAGCAGGCCAUGCAGCAGCAACAACAACAACAGCAACAACAGCAGCAGCAACAGCAACUUAUCCACCAACAACAGCAACAAACGCAACAAAUGGUUCAGCAUUAUCAACAACAAGGCCUGACAUUGGGAAUGCAACAAGGCACGUUACCGGUCGGAUCAGUUUCGCAGACGCUGCCCAUGUCUGGAAUGCCGCAGACCAUAUCGAUGGUACAACAGAUUCAUCCGUUGGGUGGUAUCGGCCAAGCGGGUACUCUGGUUGGUCAGAUAAAUACGAGUCAGCAAGCGCAGAACUCGUCGAUGUCGCAAGUGCAGACCUUACAACAGCAGCCGCAGUUGGUCGGCAACAGUCUAGUCCAAACUUCAGUGGGUAUGGCGGUGCAACAAUCCAAUUUGAACCAUUCGACGCCAUUACAAACGGUGUCAGCGAACACCCUGAGUUCCCCGCAACUGACGCUGCAAGCGCCGGGUACUGUCGGCCUCAUCACCUCAGUACAGAACUCCUUGCUCCAGCCGCAAAUUGUGACGCAACUGAAAACAGACGAUGACAAAGGACAGAUGCAGACUACGCAAGCGGCGCAACAGGAUGGUGAUGGUGCGGCAUCGUCGAUAUCCAGCACGUCCGUCACCACGACUGUCACCACUUCCGUCACCACCGACGUCACAGCCCCCACCACUUCUACUGCUGACACGAGUGCCGGCGACACGAAGACUUCUCCGUCGAAGUCGGUGACGGUGACCGCAAGCGCGGAGUCCACUGUCGUCACUUCGCAGUCAGUGGUCGCCAGCAGCGCCCAGCAUACCACACCAGUAGCGCCACAGGUGGUGACGACAGUGGCGUCUUCGACGACGUCCACGACGACGCCCUCCAUCACGGCGCCCGUGUCGUCCGGCUCGGGCCUGUUCAAGAGCUCCCAGUGCUCGACUCGACCUCAACUCAACCAACAGGCGACGCACGACAAAGGGCUGCCCAAGGCGAUGGUGAAACCGAACAUUCUGACGCACGUCAUAGAGGGCUACGUCAUACAGGAGGCAGGGGAACCGUUCGCUCCCUUUACUUGCAUGCAGGUGAACCGUCCUCUGCGCGAAUGGGUCGACAAGGAACAGGACAAGGAGAACAAACUGCCGUCCGCCGACGAGCCACCAAGAAAGAAACAAAUGUUGGAUAACGGUAGCAGCAUACCCCGGAUAAGUUCUAGCGUCGAGUCCACUAACGACAACUCAGACGCGCCAUCCAAGUCGGAGAACGCUGAUCAUGAUGAAAACAUGGACUCCAACGACGACAGCCAAGCGAAAAUACCUAACGCGCACAAGUGGAGUGUGUCGGAAGUGUGCGAGUUCAUCCGCAACAUCCCCGGGUGUGCGGGCUACGCGGACGAGUUCCUCAUGCAGGAGGUGGACGGGGAAGCCCUGCUCCUCAUCAAACCGGAACACCUGGUCAUGGCUCUGUCCAUGAAGCUUGGCCCGGCGCUGAAGAUCGUCGCCUGCAUAGAUACACUUCGCCCGGAGAGCGAGCAGGAGGCCAACGACUGAGAUUUGUAUGACCCAUUUUAAAUGGGCGAAGUACAAUAAGUGUUCAUUAACUCUGUACAUAUUUUUCUACCGCAUUAUAUGAACGAAUAUUUUAUACCGUGGCCUAAUGCUGUUGUAAAUAAUAACCUCUUUAACUAAUAAAAACAUUUACACCGUGUAUACAGACGUUCAAAUGAUUAAUUUUUUGCGUUUGUCAUAGACGAUUGGCUUUUCUAACUUACAAGACAUGGUCAAAACUAUAAUGUCUGUAUCAAAGUGUAUCUCUUUUAUUAGUAACGAGUAUAGAACCUACUGUAAGAAAAAUACUGUAAGAGCCCUUGCUACUGUAUAGCAGGAUUAUUGCAAUAUGGAAUAUUUGCAAUAAACAUUUUGCACCUUUUUAAUGAAUUUAAAUUAUACAAGGCCUCCAAUAUAUGAAGUGACCUAGUCGUGUCUCUAUAGUCAAACUAGCAUAACAGAUACAAUUUUGCUCUCUCAAGUUAUCUGAAAUCUCGUAUACGCGUGCGUGUACCGUUUUGCGCGGACUAGGGCACUGCAGAUAUACCGUAUACAUAAAAAUUGUGGUAAUAUUGCAAUAAUACUGUUAACUUCGUAGUCUCAAAAGCUGUAAGUAUUCGUUUUGUGUGGAUCUUUAUGCAUAUGUGUAGUUUGGUCUGCGCAGUAUAUUUGUGUAUGUUGAGACAUUGGGGUUAAUUCGUCUUACGCUUGUAUGCACCUAGGACAAUGUCGAAAGUUCCGCCUAUAGUAUAAGCAAUACGUCUUUACAUCAAUGUCUUGUUCUUAUUGUUUUCAAUUGCGAAAAGGCUGAGCUAUUU